GCAGAGAAGACACAGGUUAAAGCAGGUCAACUCUCUGACUAGCUUGCCGCUGCGCAGGCGCAUAUAGAGCUGCCAAGGCGCUUUUUAAACGUACCCGGAAAUGACGCACGUAACUCUGAGACAGGUUCAGAAAAUCGCCUAGGUGAAUCGCAAAGCUGGGCAGGCGCGGGGUAGUCCUGCUGCUAUGAGCUGCACCAUCGAGAAGAUCCUGACAGACGCCAAGACGCUGCUGGAGAGGCUGCGGGAGCAUGAUGCGGCCGCAGAGUCGCUGGUGGAUCAGUCGGCCGCGCUGCAUCGGCGGGUGGCGGCUAUGCGGGAGGCGGGGACAGCGCUUCCGGACCAGGUCAGGCAGAGGUAUCAAGAAGAUGCAUCCGAUAUGAAGGACAUGUCUAAAUACAAACCUCACAUUCUGCUGUCUCAAGAGAACACACAGAUUAGAGACUUGCAGCAGGAAAACAGAGAACUGUGGGUUUCCUUGGAGGAACACCAAGAUGCCUUGGAACUUAUCAUGAGCAAGUAUCGGAAACAGAUGUUACAGCUAAUGGUUGCUAAAAAAGCAGUGGAUGCUGAACCAGUCUUGAAAGCUCAUCAGUCUCACUCUGCAGAAAUUGAGAGUCAGAUCGACAGAAUCUGUGAAAUGGGAGAAGUGAUGAGGAAAGCAGUUCAGGUGGAUGAUGACCAGUUUUGUAAGAUUCAAGAAAAACUAGCCCAAUUAGAGCUUGAAAAUAAGGAACUUCGAGAACUAUUAUCCAUCAGCAGUGAGUCUCUUCAGGCCAAAAAGGAAAAUUCAAUGGACACUGCUUCCCAAGCCAUCAAAUAACUGAACUUCUGAAUGAUGGCUGGAGAUGGUCUAUCAAGGAAGUCAUCUUUCUACUGGAGUACUGGCUGUUCAGUGUGUUGCCUCAGACUUGAUGUAGUAUUAAUUAAAGGUAUCAGGUGGCAGUUUAGAAUUCCCAAUCAAUACGGCUGUCCACAGAAUAGUUUUGGGGCUUAUAGUGAGUUUCACCAUUCCUUUCUCCAAGAGACUACUUUUCAUUUUCAUUUUCAUUUCUGGGACCUCAAUUUAUAAAAGUUCAAUUUUCAGUUCAUUUUGUUUUUUUAUAUCUCUGAAACAUCAAGCAUUUUAUUAUAAGCCAGCAAUUUUAUUUUAGAUAGGAUUGUAAAAUAUACUUCUAAGAAUUCUUAAAAGAGACUUAACUUUUUAAACCUAUUUGGCAUAAACCAGAUUUUUUUCCAUUUGACAAAAGUAAUACUGUUUCAUAGAUUGGCAGAUUCUCUAAUUUGUAAUGUCAUUCACCUAUGAAGUUUUAAGUUUCUGGUGCUAAGAAUUGGUACUUUGUGGCUUGGUGUCUUCUAAUUUAAGAGAACCUAUUGCCAAUCCCUAGGAAACAUACUUGAAAAUAAGACAUCCUUUUUUUCCCCAGUUAUAGGUAGUUGUCAUGUUUUUCAGAGAAUGCUGAGAAAUGUCCUGUGUAUGUACACCCACGUGCUUAGUUCAAAUGCUAAAAGUAUUUUUAUUUAUUUUAUUAAAUAUACAUAAUCAA